AUGUCUCCAAUCACAUUCACGCGGGACGAAGUCCAGGAUAUGCUCGACCGAGCACAAUUAAAUGCCGGCCAUCUCUUCGCGAACCUCCCAGACGUGCGCGAACUGCUUCAAACACAGCAUCAAGAGAGCCUGAUGGAAUGCAACUCCCGGGGUAUUGAUCAAAUGAAGGUGCUUCAUCAAUCAAUGCAUGAGGAGUGCAAGAUCAUCGAUGGCCACAACAAACACCGCCUUGGGAAGGCGAGAACCGCCUUCAAUGAUCGCGUUAUCGACCCCAUGAUUGCUGUAGAAUACAGGGAAGAAGAAAAUAUCCCUGCAGACCUCCGGUGGUAUCCACUACACGCUGAGGUUGCAAUCCACGAUGGGUACGCUACAGCUCAUCUCUUUGAUCAGCCUGAAAGUGACGAAGAAGACUACCAAAACUAUCCAGAAGACCAACCUGCCUUCAUUGGAAAUGGAAACGAAUCCCCAAUUCCUGUCGCUAACCAAGACAUUGCUUCCAGUAAGAUUGUCAAAAGGAAACCGAUUCCCGAAGGAAGGAAAUCCACAGGCCCCGGUAGCCCAAAAUAUGAUAAAUUGAAGGAUGCGCCUUCGGCUUGGCUAGAUCUUCCCCAUGGCAACCUAACUUUGGCAGAAACACUUGCUUUCAUUCCGCAUGCCAUCAAAUCCUUCGACAUCAUGGACCGUUUUCUCCACAAUGGCGCCCUAUCGGGGACCUUUGCAGACAUGAUUAACCAUUACCGAGACAUGCCGUACGGUCCGAUCACGAACAAUACGGUAUAUCGGAUGAUGAAGGGACCAAUGCUCCAUCGCGCGAAGACCGAGCCGACUUACGAGGAUUGGACAGUAUCCAAACAUACGACUUUACCGAAACCUGCUGGAUUUAAUCCCACCAGUGUCAGCGUAGCAGGCUUUGCCCCACCUUACAACUUCAACUCCCGUGAAAGGGCUGUGGCAACCACUCAGUCCCCUCCUAGCAUUCCAUUUCGCGAUAUGGCAAACGGAGUGAAGAUCAUGCCUUCGGGACAUGAUGCGCUAGAUCUUACACGAUGUGUGCAGUAUUGCGUGAAGAAUAACGAUUCGAGCUGGCAAUAUCCUCAAGAUUUCCAGAACCUGGUUGCUCGACUCGGGGGUGCUUCUACUGUGCACCCACACCAUCACGACGAUGCUGCAAUUCGGAGACACACUUCCGAAAAGAAGCGGAACAAUGCGAAGCGAGCCGGUGCACGACAGCGUGAUAGGAAUGGGCGCCUCAUGAAACAGCCGAAGAACUUCGUGGUUGACUCGGAUGAAGAAGAGAUACUGGAUGAAGACUCUGGAGAGGAGUCUGAAGCAGAUCUAGAUAACUUCGAUUUUGAUGCUUUGGACAUUGACGAUGAUGAGCCAGUCACUACCACUAAGCAGGGUUCGAGGCGUAAGAAUGUCAUGGAAGAUGACACGUCGGACGAAGAUGAACUCAUGCCGCGAACCCGUAACUCGUCGAAACGCAAGCGUACUUUCAAUGGAGACGAAGACACCUCACCUAAGCAAAAGUCCAAGCGCAGCAAGAAGACGUCGCCAAGGACACCUGCACGUCGCUCACCAAGAACCCGGUCGUCAUCACGCCUUAGCAAAGAGGUGCUGCCUGAAGCGGACGACUCUGAUUCUGAUUCUGACGCUUAUGCCGGACCCAAGAAGCGGACCAAGAAGGCCAAAGUUAGCACGCGAUCGUCUCCUCGCGGCCAGCGCUUCGGUGGCUCAUAUGAUAUCCAGAACGCCGUAGAUGGCGAAGAAGAUGAUGACGAAGAGGACGAGAAUGAAGUAGAACACACUCUAGCUCCGAACAGGCAGAUCCUUACUCCGGCGGAGAUGCGUAUGGUUGGCCGCACGGGGAACACGGGUGUAAACAACGUUGUCGAGGAUGACGAAAGCGAUAUGGGAGAAGAUGACGAGGACUUUGAUUGUCACUCCUCUCUGUUACUUCGAUCUACCUCACCUUAUACGCAGAAAUCACUAUUCCGAAAGUACUGGCGGCGGGCUGUUGGCAUCAUGGCUUACGUUACGACCAUGCUUCCUCCCGCUGUCAACGUUCCGCAGUCUUCGCGUCCAGUCACUACGCCAGCCGACGAGUAUGCCAGGCUCACGCGUAGGCAGCAACGUGACGCCAGAGAGAAGAGGCGAAUCCAGAAGGCUGCACGUGCCGCCAGGGACGAGUUGUACAGGGCCCGACAGGUUGUCAAGGACGCGCAAGAAGUAGCUCGAGCUGCGAGGUUACGUGCUUCUCGUUACUCCUACAUUCCAGCACCCAGAAACACCAGAGCUGUCUCUUCGACUCCACACACUGUCAAUGUGAAGGCCAAGAAGUCCAAGAGCAAGUCUGCGGGCUCGGUUCAUUCAGCCCCCAUGGACAUGGACGAGACAUGGUCCUGGAUCAAGGACAGUUCGUCAGCAGCCUCCCAGAAUGGCAGCGCGCAUGCUCGUCACUGA